AUGAACCCGGAGGAGCAAACUGUAACGUGGCUAAUAUCAUUAGGAGUGCUUAAUUCGCCAAAGAAGAACAUCGCUGAUCCUGAGGAGUUUCUAAAAACAUCAUUAAGAGAUGGGGUUGUCCUGUGCAAGCUUAUGGAAAGGUUGCAACCUGGAUCUGUCUCAAAGUACUGUCAGGAUCCGAGGACCGAAGCGGACUGCAUUGCCAACAUUCGGGAGUUUUUAAAAGGAUGUACCUCCUUGAAGGUUGAGGGCUUUGAACCAGAGAACUUGUACACUGGAGAGAAUUUUGGCAAAGUUCUGUCCACUCUGCUGGCAGUAAACAACGCAACCCAAGAUCGUAUUUCCGAGAGGUCAUGUUCGCAGUCCAGCGCCUCUGCACCUAGCCAGUCCGCCUCCUCACAGACGCAGUCCAACCUAAAGUCCAGUAGGUCUCUGCGGAGACAAUCUAAACCAGCAGUGGAGAUGUCAGAGAAUGGUGGCGGGGGCCAGCUGGUCGUGAAGGCGCGCUUUAACUUCAAGCAGAAUAAUGAGGACGAGCUGUCCUUCAGCAAAGGGGAGCUCAUCCACGUCACCCGACAGGAGGAGGGCGGCUGGUGGGAGGGGACGCUCAACGGCAAAACCGGCUGGUUCCCCAGCAACUACGUCCGCGAGGUCAAACCCUGUGACAAACCCAUCUCUCCAAAAGCUGUGAAAGGGUUUGAUGUUCCCCAGCUGACCAAAAACUACUACAGCGUGGUGGUGCAGGAUGUCCUGGAGCAUGAGCGAGAGUUUGUGAAGGAACUGCAGACUGUGUUAACCACCUACCUGCGCCCCCUACAGGCCAGCGAUAAGCUUUCAAGUACAGACAGUGCGACUCUGAUUGCCAACUUGGAAGAUAUACUCACUUUUCAGCAAGGCCUUUGCGUGGCGUUGGAGGAGUGCACCAAAAUGCCAGAAGGCCAGCAACGUAUUGGUGGCUGUUACCUGAACCUUAUGUGCCAGAUCAGAAUGCUGUACUUGUCCUAUUGUUCCAGCCAUCCCUCAGCGGUGUCCGUUCUCACUGAUCACAGUGAGGAGUUGGAUAAGUUUAUGGAGAACCAAGGGGCUAGUGCUCCAGGGAUCCUAACUCUGACCACGAGUCUGAGCAAGCCCUUCAUGCGCCUGGACAAAUACCCCACCCUGCUGCAGGAGCUGGAGAGACACGUGGAGGAAGCACACCCAGACUACUGUGACAUCCUAAAGGCAACAGGUGCAUUUAAGAGUCUCGUGACACAAUGCCAGGACUUGCGAAAGAGAAAGAACCUGGAGUUGCAGAUCUUGUCCGAGCCAGUCCGUGGCUGGGAGGGAGAGAGCAUGAAGUCUUUGGGGUCUGUCAUUUACAUGUCUCAGGUUCAGAUGCAGAGCGGAGGCAGCGAGGAAAAAGAAGAGCGAUACUUCAUGCUGUUCCCCAAUGUGUUGGUCAUGCUGUCUGCUAGUCCAAGAAUGAGCGGUUUCAUCUAUCAGGGGCGGUUGCCUCUGGCUGGGGCCACGGUAACCAGACAGAUAGAGGAGACCGAGACUGGGCAUUACGCCUUUGAAAUAACAGGGGGCAUGAUAGAUCGUGUCGCCGUGUUCUGCAGUAAUUCACAAGAGCUCCAGGAGUGGCUGGAGCAUCUACACCCGUUUACUAAAGGAGGAAGUCCGGGUAAGCCUGUAAGUGUUGCUGGCACUCCAUCCCACCACGCACAUCUUCAGAGUUUCAGUGUUCCUGUUGCUAGCAGAGGGCCGUUGGAGCCCCCGAAAAUCACGAAGCCUUGGUCCCUAAGCUGUCUGAGACCUGCUCCCCCGCUCAAGCCCUCGGCCGCACUAGGAUACAAAGAGAGGAUGUCUUAUAUACUGAAGGAAUCCAGCAAAAGUCCCAGACCUAUUAAAAAGUUCCUCCCAAAAAGGAAACCGGAGAGGAAGCCAUCAGAUGAUGAAUUCCUGCUCCGAAAAAGUACUGCAGCUCUGGAAGAAGAUGCCCAGAUCCUUAAGGUUAUUGAGGCCUACUGCACUGGAGCCAGCCUUCACCAGACUGCCACAGGUAAGACUGUGCGAAAGGAGUGUGUCCCGCAGGUCUUGCUGCCGGAAGAAGAAAAGAUCAUCGUGGAGGAGAUGAAGAGUAACGGCCAGACAGUCAUUGAGGAAAAAAGUCUGGUGGAUGCAGUAUAUGCUUUAAAGGAUGAGGUCCACGAGUUAAAGAAGGAGAAUAAGUGGAUGAAGCAGUGUCUUGAGGAAGAGCAGAAGUCUCGCAGAGAGCUAGAGCGUGUGGUCAGGAGGCUCGCUAAGCAGAAAAAUGACUGUGCUUGGGAAGAUGGCAGCCACUGACUGGUGCCCUGGAUACUCUCUGUUUCUGUGUUCGCGUGUG